AUGACAACUCCCACUAUCUCUAGCGGAUCGGCCCUGUGGCUUAAAGGUCUUCGAGGCAUUGGCGCCCUUUUCGUAUAUUUCCAUCAUCAUCAGCAAUUCCCACGAGACGAUGUCGAUGCCGUCAUGCUUGAGCGCUCCUUUGGAUACAGAGGGAGAUACGAGCUAGCCACGAUGCCUUUUAUUCGCCUGCUUUUCAGUGGAGGGCACUUUGCGGUCGCCAUCUUUUUCGUUGCAUCGGGAUACGCACUCUCGGCGACUCCCUUGCGUCUGAUACAUGCGGCAAGAUAUGAGAAAUUAGGAGCGGUGAUUGCAUCUUCGCUCUUCCGAAGAUGGUUGCGCUUGUUCGCUCCUGUUUUCGUUACGACUCUGGUUGUAAUACUCUUCCAACACGGUAUCGAGGCCUUGUGGCCAGGGAUUGGGCUCUCUGAGCUCUCUUUGUAUGGGGACAUUGUUCUUCUCUUGCAACAACUGAGAGAGUUCUCAUUUCCCUUCUUUAGAAAGACAGGGCCCAGUGGUUACGCAGCCACGUUCGAUCAUAACCCUCACCUUUGGACCAUUCAGGUUGAGUUUAUCGGGUCACUCAUCAUAUACAUGUCUCUUGUGGCGCUCAGCCGGUUGAAGACUAUUAGCCGGAUUUUCUGGAUGACUUUUAUGAUUAUGUACUUUUUGUACUUCGUGGAUUGCUGGUAUGGAGCCAUGUUCAUUGCCGGAAUGCUCACUUGUGACAUCCAUCUUCUCACCUCCGCUGAUACUUUCCACCGCGAAUCUCAAGAGAACGGCGAUAUUCGAGCAGGGUUUGGAAAGUGGGCUGUGAUUAUUGUAGGUUUAUAUCUGGGAGGUGUUCCGCAUGUACCUUCAACACGACUGCUUGCCCGCAAUCCAGGAUGGACCCUACUAUCCAGUCUGAAGCCCGAGAUCAUGGCCGACCCGAAGUGGAUUUAUCUCUUUUGGUCUGCUACGCUGAUAGUGGGCGUAGUGCCAUACAUGCAGAUAAUUAAGAAGAUUCUGUGCAGUCGAAUAUGCCAGGAGCUUGGUCGGAUAUCUUAUGGGCUGUAUCUAAUUCAUGGCCCAGUCAUGUGGACUUUUGGCGCAGCCUUGUACUCCUGGGCUGGCUGUUGCAGGGCAGCAAACUCUGGACAGGAAACACUGCAGUCAAUCCUGGGUCUGGAGUUAGGAUUUGUUCUUUCACACUUUAUUCUAUUGCCUCUCACUCUAGCACUGGCAAGGCUUGUGGCUGACUUGGUGGACGCACCCAGCAUUAGGCUUGCGAAAUGGCUUUACGAGAGCUCGCUUCACAAGGAACCAGAUAACAUCUACUAG